GAAGGGGCGACCUCCACCUUACAUUUGAGGUUAUGCAAGCGCAUUCCCGCCAAAUCUUCGGCUCAGUGCAUUUUCGCGCGGGAAAGAUGCUGCGCGCAGCUGUGUUGUCUGUGCUUCUAAGUGUCGCGUGGGGAAGUGUUGUUCAAAUCAAUGAAACUACUUUCGCGUCCCUGCCGCCGCUGUAUGCGCUGGACGAGUGGGCGCAGUGCCAGAACCCUGGAGACGUGUAUUGCAUCGUUGAUGCUCAGCUGCGCUCCGACUCUCCUUCACCCACCUUGAGGUUGCUAGAGGCCUACUCCCAACAAACCUUGAAGCAUUACAAUCGCACGCUGGUGCACCGAGGCGUGUGUGUGUCCCGAUGUAUGGAAGUCCAUGGCUCAGGUGACAAGCACACGGCAGCUCAGCAUUGUGUCAACAACAGUGUGGUCAAAUAUGGGCUACAGGCAGUCGUGACGUCAGUGAGCUGGUGCAGCACGCAGGGGUCGCCUCCCGCGACGGACGCGAGCUCUGCGCGUGCGCUGGCCGUGCUGUGUGUAGUGCUGGUCGCCUUAGCCUUCCUGGGCACUGUGCUGCAUGUCGUCGGCGACCGCUGGGCUAAACUUGACAGCAACCGAUACCUCUUGGCAUUCUCGCUGAAGCGCAACUGGUCGAUCCUCACAUACGACCGCUCCAAGCCGCGCAGUGACGACAGGAUGAAGGACCUCACAGCCAUUGAGGGCAUCAGAGUGAUAGGCAUGCAGUGCGUCAUAUUCUCUCAUGUUCUCUUCAUCAACAUCUACUCCUUCACAGAUAACCCGCAGUACAUUGAAAACAUGUACGACCAGUUCGGUUGGCAAGCAGUAAUGAAUUCUCCACUCUGGCUGCAAGCAUUCUUCUCCAUGUCUGGUUUCCUCUCAGCCUACGUCAUUCUCAUCACCGCCGAAACUAAACCAAUGACCGUAAUGAAGUGUAUCAUGAGUGUUAUCAACAGAUAUGUAAGGAUGACACCAGUGGCUGGUGUCGCGCUGUGGUUCACGAUGUCGUGGUUCCCUGGUUUGGGCGCGGGUCCCGCGUGGAGCUGGCUGGUGACGCGCGAGGCGCGCGACUGCGCCCAGCGCUGGUGGUACCACCUGCUGUACCUGCACAACCACCUGCCCAUGGGCAAGUUCUGUAUGGGCCACACUUGGUAUUUGGCCGCAGAUCUCCAACUGUACGUCAUAGGCCUGAUAGUGAUGUUGUUCCUGGUACGGUUCCAAAAGGUAGCAGCGCCGGUGCUGGGCGGCCUGAUCGCUGCUUCAGCGCUCGCGGCCGGAAUUGUGUCUUACUUCUACGACAUCAAGCCUAUAGUCACGGGGCAGUCGCCUGAAACUUUGCGCACGAUGUUCGCGGGCAACCUGACCCUGACGAUGCUGUACCUGCCGAGCUGGAUGAACCUGAGCGGGUACAUGGGCGGCGUCGGCUGCGCCUUCCUGCUGCACCACGCGCAGACUCGAGGACUCAAGCUCAACCAGAACAAGUGGUUCAACCUCCUGUUCCACCUGUCCAUCACCCUCGGCUCCAUCGUGGUGCUAGUGGGGGCGGUGUUCCUGUCGGACUCCGCCCCGCCGCGGUGGGCCAGCGCGGUGUACGCGGCGCUUGAUAGAACUGUCGUGGCUCUCUGCUUCAACGUCUUCUUGUUGGGCUGCUUCAGUCAUUGCAAGUCCGGUCUCCGCUCCAUACUGGAAUGGCGCGGGUUCCACACGCUCGGGCGGCUGUCCUACUGCGUCUUCAUCAUCCACUUCAUGAUACUGCGCCUGACGCUGGCAGGCAACACGCAGCUCGGACACAUCUCCAUUUACUCUAUGAUCUCCCUCCUGAUCACCGUGUCAGUUCUCUCAUACCUGAUCGCCGUCCCCGUCUGCCUCCUCGUGGAGCUGCCAGCCAUCGAGCUGUGGAAGGCUCUGACCACCCCUGAGAGGCCGUCUCCCGCCCCCACGCCUACUCCAAGACCAUCGUUGCCCGUUCUACCGGCUUUGAAGCCCAUGGACUUACUGUCUCAUAUCAGAAGACGGAGCGAUGUUUAAUCGUGAAAUUGUGUUUCAAUCAAUCACUCUCUUAUCUUCCCAUGUUCUAGGUGUCAUUAGGAACGGUGGCGCCCCGAGCCCUCAUUAUUUUUCACAGUUUGAACACGGGCACCAAAGGAGAUUUCCAGACUACUAUAUCCGUCUUCGUCCAUUUUGGUAAGAAAACUUACCUAAAUUUUAGUUUUUAUUCUAACGUAACUGGUUGCGAGUGAACCAAUACAGAGUAACAACUAUGGAACGAGCAGAAGGAAAAGACGAAGGAAGGACGAAGGUAUUAGGAGUUUUUUUAUCGAUAAAAAGCCAUGUAAAGUAUGUAACAUUUGGAGAUAAUAAUAUAAGGUUAGCUCAAAUUCGAAAUCUUUAACAUUUUACAUUUUUUUAAAUAAAUAAGUUAAUUUUUGUAAAAUUGUGUUAUAUAGUGUGCAAAGAUAUGUUAGCUAGAAUUAUAGGACGUGUGAUUAGAUUAUAGUCAUUUAACCAAUGUACAAAAUACCGCAUGUUACGACCUCUAUGUCGCGGUAAUAACGUACAAUUUGCAAUGAAUUUGUACAGGUUGAUGUGCAGUUGGCUGUACUUGUGAACUAACUGGUCGAUAUUGUGAUAUUGUUUUAUUAAGUUUGUAUAUUAAUUGCCACUAAUAUGGGAUUAGUGCUUUAUGUAGAAGUUAGGUUACUGGGGAAAAUCUCGAAUAUUUUAGUAAAAAAAAUCAAAACAAAUUUUACAAAUUAGUUUGUACUAAUAUUUUGCGAGAUGACUGAAAUAACUGAAAAUAAACGUAUUUUUUUAAA